AUGGUGAGAAACUUCAAGAAAUUUAUGAAGAAAAGAAACUUCAAGAAAUUUAUGAAGAAAAGAAACUUCAAGAGAGGGACCAAACAAAGAACAUGCUACAAGUGUGGUGAAAAAGAUCACUUCAUAGCGGAUUGUCCUCAAAAUAACAAUGAUGAAAAUGAAGAAAAGAAGCACAAGGGCAAGAGCAAGGACAAGAGCUAUGAUAAGGAGAAAAAGUACAAAGAGAAGAGCAAAGAGUACAAGAAGAAGCAUGGCAAGGCACAUGUCGGUGAAGAAUGGGAGUCUAGUGACGACUACGACAAUGAGGGCACAACAUCUCUUGCCUUGCUCUCUACUUCAUCAACACCAAAGCUCUUCAAUAACCUCUCCGAUGAUGAAGAUGAAGGCCCUAUGUGCCUCAUGGCAAAAGGGACUAAGGUAACAAACUAUGCCAACCCUCCAUCUUCUCCUACCUCCACAUCUAGUGAAUUAGAAAAUGAUUUAGAGGAAGAGGAGGCCCAACUCAAAGAAAACAUGAUAAAGAAGUUUGGAACAAACUAG